AACUCCACCUCUUUAGGGUGGGGACCGAUAUUUAAGCUGCAGGACAAAAAACCUCAAAACUUCUGCGUGUCUGAAGAUAGAAAUAUACAGAAAGAGGGAAUGAAAGCAUGAUAGCUAGAUAGACAGAUUGAGAGAGAGAGAGAGAGAGAGAGAGAAAGAAAGAAAAAGAUCGAGAAACAAAAACAGAGAAACAGGAAUAAAGAGAGAGACAGAAACAGUGAGAGAGACAGAGGGGUGGAGCAACUGAUUCUGGCAGCAGAAAACUUUUCCCAACAAGCUCAGGCGGCUCCAAGACACACACACACACACACACACACACACACACACACACACACAGAGCAGACAGUGUGUAAGGCGUAGUGCACGAGUGCAGACAAAAAGGGAACAUGGGUGAAGACGAGGUGCAGUUGGAGAAGAGCAACAUGGAGAUGGAACACGAAAGUCAGGAGCUGCUGGUGCCGUCUGACCCCCAGCCAUCUCACAGCGACCCGUCCCACAGCGACCCGUCUCAACCUCUGCAGCUGGACGAGACCCAUGAGGUGAACGCCAUUACGGUGCUGACGCUGCUGGACCAGCUGGUGAAAAUGUUGGACUCGGUGCAGGAGAAGCAGCAGCAUAUGGAGGAGUGGCAGCGUGUGAUGGAGGGAUCGGUCCGUAACAUCCAGAACGACAUGAACAAACUGGUGAAGAGCAACAGCAUGACGACGAACAGCGUGAGCAAACUCCUGGAGAAGAACCUCAAGAUCAGCGCUGUCAUGAAGGAUGUGAGGGAGAAGAUGGAGAGACAGACAGUUCAAGUGAAGAAGUUGGAGGACAACCACAACUACCUGCUGCACAGAGACAACUUCAGAGUGCUCAUCUUCCAGGACAAGAAUGAGAUCCCCUCCAGUGUGUUCAUGAAGGAUUCGAUUCAUGAUGCUGAAAACAAAUCCCUCUCUCCUGAUGCUAACCGCACACAGGAAGAAGCGGAGCUUCACACCGUCCAGCUUUCCUCAGACGAGGAUCUUGCUGAAGAGGAGGAUGAGGAUGAGAUUUUGGAAGUGAUGGAGCCUCUAAAGAAAUCUCGCGCUGAGAAGAUGAAACGCUCCAGUCUGAAGAAGGUGGACAGUCUGAAGAAGGCCUUCUCCCGUGAGAACUUUGAGAAGAAGAUGAACAAGAUAGUCUCAGUGGAGAAACGUGAGAAGAUAAAGAAUAGUCUGAGUCAGAAGAACAAGGACGGUUCGUUUAAAAUCUUCCACACAAGGAAGAAUCGAGAAGGAGGUGAGAAACAUGCUGAGCACGAGACCUUCAGUGAGAUCCACACUGACCUCGCUCCAGCUCAGGAGGAGGAUGUGGAGCCCGAGGAACUGGCCAAGGAGAAGAUGGGAGGGGCUGAGAAACAGGAAGUGGAGAAGGAGGAGGUGGAAGUGGAAGUGGAAGUGGAGAAAGAGGAAGUGGAAAUGGAGAAAGAAGAAGUGGAAGUGGAGAAGGAGGAAGUGGAAAUGGAGAAGGAGGAAGUGUCACUGGAUGAUGGUGACGAGAACGAGCUGUCAAUCACAGAGGGGCUCAGGGCUGAGUAUGCACUCUCAGCCACUCUGCCACAGGAAACCUCCCACAUAUACCACAAUGCACUGCACAGAGAGGAAGAGGAGGAGGAGGAGCAGAGAGAGAGAGAGGAAGGUGAUGAAGGUGAAGAAGAGAGCACUGCUGUAGAGAAAAGGUCUUAAAGCUGGUUCAUUCUGCUCCUACUGCUGACCUUGGUGAUGAUAAAUAGGAAAUGAUUAUGUUUUGAUGAAAAGCGAGCAUCUCCAGAGUGAGCUGAGAGCUCAAUAAGUCUACAUUUUUAUUGGAAUUAAUAUAAAGAGGAAAAACCAUGUAAGUGUAAACAGUGUUUAUCAGAAACGCCUCUGCUGAUGUCUCUAAAAUCCAAAAUUUUAAUAUUUCGAGUGUAUAAUGUAAACUUUUAUUUAAAAGUUUACUAAAACACUGUCUAUACACCACAUACUGUCUUUAGGUGUGAAUUGAACGUCUUUAAAAAAGUACACUACAAUAUUUGAACACUACAGUUUAACGUCUUUAAUCUCUGAUCUUUAUUUGUGUGACUCUCUAAACUUUACUGAAAUAUUAGUGAAGUACUAAACCUUAAUCUUUAUUUUCACUCUUAAAGCUAUUAUAGAAAUAACUGAUGCUGCCAAAGAACGUGAUGAUGAUGAAUAACUCAUAACCGUCUUCACUUGCCUUGUUGCCUGUGCACCUCUUUCUGUAUUGUGCUACAAUAAAGAAAUAAAGAUUCUGAACUCUCA